GUUAUUAUACUUAGUGUGCUGAAGGAUCCUGUACCACGUCCUGUAUACGACUACAUCUUGAAAUCGUCUCUAAUUGAUGUGUUGUUUGAGAGUCUGCAUGACAGGCAGCUAAUACGUAACAUAACACGGGCUGGACAUGAACCAAACUAUAACCCAGAUGAAGACAGUAAUCUAGCACAGUUAUUCCGAAAGUUGAAAUCGCAAGGUAUGACAGAAAUCGAUGAGGACAAGUUGCUACUUCUCAAAGAACAUAUGUUGAAAGUUCAUCGAGCUAAAUCCAAUACUAACAAUGACUUGAGGUCACCUGAUGACGACAUUGCCAUACAGCCGGGAGUGAUAAACUUUAGUAGGUUAGGGAGGAAUAUCACCCGGAGACAUGCAGAUAUGAUCAAACCUAAGGACUCCAAAUCAGAGACUGUCAGUCAAGCGUCUGGAAAGAAGACUGGGAAGAAGAAAAGUAACAUGGAAAGUGUCAUGAACGAGGAAUGGAAGAGUAUGUUCGGAGGAACAGGAGAGCUGACGAAACCCACACAACCAUCAUCUCAAACCAAGUCUGGGCCAGAACAGGCCACAUUACCAUCACUGGGGCCAACCACCACACAGACGCAGGUAGCACCAAGUCAGCAGCAACAGGAGAAGCAGACACAGCGGUCAUUAGCUAAGACUUUAUCACCUGAUACACCAAUAAGCAUGUCUCAGUUACAAGCCAGUGAAUCUGGCUUGCCGCAGAAGAAACAAUUUGAACAGCGAGCUCCAGCAAUACCACAAGCUCGGCUUGCUGGAUGUAAGCUUGAACUGCGCAGACUGGUGCACAGAAAGAGAGAACAAUAUAUCCAUGAUAUGGCAACAAAGUCGUUGAUAGAAGGCUCUGUUUUCGAAAACAAACCACCUCCUCCGGGAUGGAAACCCAAAGGAUUAUUAGUAGCUCAUUUACAUGAACAUAAAGCCGCUGUCAAUAGGAUCAGUGUCAGCCAUGACCAUAAUUUCUUUGCCACAUGUUCCAAUGAUGGCACUGUUAAGAUAUGGGAUUGCCAUCGAUUGGAGGGUAAGAGUGUUGCCAACAGAUCUCGUCAAACUUAUAACAGACAAGGUGGACAGAUUAAAACUUUAACUUUCUGUCAGUCGUCCCAUGCUAUAGCGUCAGCCUCCGAUGAUGGAUCUAUUCAUGUGUAUCGAAUUGAUCCAAAUACACCAAGGAUAAGUUUGAUGCAACAGAGAGAUUCUGACCUGGAAGAGGAUGGUAUUAUAGUGGAUAUGCAUCAUGUUGAUUCAG